UUAAAAAAAUCUAAAAAAUUAAAGAAAAUGGUCGCCUGAUUGACUGACAUUUAGAUAUCCAAAGAGCCAAAAAUAUCGGGUUGUGACUGACAAAAAAUCUGUUUAUUGCGUUUAUUGUGAAACAAUCAUUGUGAAUGUUAUCCAUUAAUAGUGAAGUCGUAAUGAACUAAUCUUUAUUAAAAUUAAACGACAAUGAGCAAUCGUUAUCAAAGCCACAGCACAGGGUCGUCUAGAUCCUCGCGUGAUGAUUAUAGGGUGCAGAAAGAGGAGCGUGAUGGCAGAGACAAAUACAGGAAGGAAAAAAGGCGAACCAGGUCUCGUUCGAGAUCCCCUACAAGGACGUACUCACCCCCAAGAAGCAGUAAAUCAGAAAGAUCUAAAAGCAGAGAUUAUGAAGAGAGGAAAAUUAGUGAAAAGAAUGACUGGGAGGAUUCAGACGAGGAAGUCCCACCACCUCCCCCUCCCCCUCGCAUCACUAAGAUCUCCAUCGACUUUUCUAAACCCAAAGCUCCCAUCAAGAUGAACUUGGGUGGAUCAGCUAAGGGACCGACCGCCCCGCCAAAACCUACAGUAGCCUCGGUGUUCAACGAUGAUGAUGAUGAUGAGCCGGAGGAAAUGCCCGCUGAAGCCAAGAUGAGGAUGAGGAACAUUGGCAGGGAAACGCCAACAUCAGCCGGUCCAAACUCUUUUGGCAAGACGAAGCAGGGCUUCUGUGACGCCAAGAAGGUGUUUGAGAAAAACCUGAAGCAAGCCCUUGAGACCGCUGAGAAGCCGGGCAUAUCCAAGUUUCCGCAGACUAUAUACAAGAUCAAGGGACCUUGAUAAUGUUGUUACGAUAUGAACAGAAUUAGGUUACCGCUCAUUAGUUUCAGUUUGAAUCCGUACUAAUGUUUGAAAUAGAAAAGCAUGUUUGUGUAUGCUGUAAGUAUUUGAACUAUUAUAAUUUGACACACACUUAGUUGGAGUACAAAUACAAAGUAGCCAGUACUGGUGGUCAUCUCAGAAUAAAUAGUGUUACCAUGGAGUUUGCUAUAAAAACUACCAAUGUACGCAAGCAGAGCUGCAGGAAAAAGCUAGCACUAAAGGAAUUGGUUAUUUAUUUAUUUACAUACAUAUAAUACAUAUAAUAUGUCACCGAUAAAUAACAAGCUUGUAAUCUUUCGUAGGAAUCUUAACGAGACAUGAAUUGUAUGAACCACAUUUCAGUAAAUUGAUAAACUUACCGAUUUCACGCGUAAAAUAAUAAUAUUUUAUUGACCAUUGAUCGCUACACAUAAACAAAUCGGUUGCUCGUGUGUUUUGUUCAGUUUUUUAAUGUAUAACGAAACUAAAUGGACUGAAUAUUAGUACAUGAUGUCAGUUAAAAGCGGUAACCAAAAGUCUCAAUGCUUGGUUUAGUUAUUGUAGUUUUGUAAUCAUAUUAAAUAUAUUUUUUCUUUUAAUAUGAUGAUAUUAUUAUUAUUAUAGUUUACUUAACUGUGUCAUAAAAUCGUCGGCCAUUUUGUAUUGCUGUUCUUGUCUUACAGAUAGGUUGUACAAGAAACGGCGAUAUAAAACGUUUCGAACGAAAAUGUCUCUUAUCCGCGCGCGACAUGUAAUAUUAAGACUUGAUCUGUCUAAAUAAAGGUAUGGAAUUAAUAUUACCAUCUUAAUCAGGAAAAUCUAAAUAAUAUACUGGAAAAUGCUAAUAUUAUUCAGAUUUCUAUGAAGCUGAGCGCGGCCUGUCAGUCUUUUUAAGACUGACGGCUCUGUCUACCCCACAAGGGAUAUAGACGUGACCAUAUGUAUGCAUGUUUCUAUGAUCAACUUGUCGCGCGCGAGCAUAGUGGAUUUUUAGAGGCAUCCCUGUUUGUAAAACAUUCUGUAAAUAAGUGUUUUUAAUUCAAAUAUUACGAUUAAUAGUGUUCAUUAGUACACGUGAUUUCGUGAGCGUCUCCUCAUAGUUUUAUAUUAAACUAGCGACCCGCCCCGGCUUCGCACGGGUGCAAAAUUUUAAAAAAAAUUAUACAUAAAAACCUUCCUCUUGAAUCACUCUACCUGUUACAAAAAAACCGCAUCAAAAUCCGUUGCGUAAUUUUAAAGAUUUAAGCAUACAGACAGAUAAAAGACUUUGUUUUAUACUAUGUGGUGAUGCUUAUUUCUAAAUAAGUCUUAGAGAUAAAGCGGGAAACAAUGUCUUGCUUGUUAUUUUUACUGUUGUAGACCAUUUGUUUUAAAUUCGUAUACAGUACUGCUUAUAUACUUUUCAAUGUCUUGAACUUCAAAUACCUACCUACCUACUAGUUACAGAAAGUUUUAUUCAGAACUUUAUAAUAUAAUACUUAAAACUUAUAUUAUUUUCUAUUCCAGAAAUUGUUUUAUACAUUGUAUAAUGUAAUAAAAUAGAUUCUAUGCUCA